AUGGAUUUGGCUUCUUAACUUGCGCAAAUUGAUACAAUCAUGAUUACUCUCAUGAAUAAGAGAGUUGUCAACGCCUUUCAAAUUCCUCCUAUUGCAAGUGCCAAGGGGCACAAGGCAGAGGACUGGAGAGGCAAGUAGAUCUGGACUGGCUAUUGCAGAGUCAUGAUGGAGGGUGGCAGUAUUUGUAAAGUUUAAUUAAUAAACGAAGAUGAUUCCCUCUUCGCUUAAAGUGUUAUUACUGUUGAAGAUUAUGAUCCAUUUGUGCAAAGAUGUUUUGACUCAUCAAGAUUUUUUGCUCUGAUGUUGGUCAAUGACAAUGGCUAAAAGGCACUAGUUGGUGUAGGAUUCCCAGAAAGAAAUGAUUCUUUUGAUUUUAUAGCAGCACUGGAUGAUUAUAAAAAGCAGGCUAGACUAGCAAAGGGUAUAGUUGAUUAGUCUAAUUUCAAGUCCGGGCCAUCCAAAGAUUUCUCCUUAAAGGAAGGUGAAAAGAUUAGCAUCAAUAUUCCAGGACUGACAACAGGUAAAAAGAUAGAGUAAAAAUCAGGAGGUGGAUUUGGAGGUGGCUUGAAAAAGCUGGCUCCUCCACCAGGAAAAACCUCAGCAUCAUAAACAUCAAAUUUCGGAGCAUUUGGAGGAAGUAGCAAUACCACAAUGAACUCUGGAAGUAUGUUUGGAAGUGCUCCAUAGAUAAAUUAAUAGCCAGUUUAAUAAAGCCAAGAUGAUCUACUUAAUCUUGGAUUAUCCUUCGGAAGCGGAUUGCCACAGCAGUAAUAGCAAUAACCUUAAUUUGGUAUUAUGAAUACUAAUAGUUUAUAAUCAAACUCUAGCAGUAAUGCCUUCGGGUUAGACAAUGAUUUAUUUGGAGACUUUAAUAGCAGUACAUCUGGAUAAAUCAAUGGUGCGGGAUUUGGCAUGCAAAUUUAGACUUAAAGCAAUGUGGGUUAAUCCAAUAAUAACGACAUAGGAAGUUUGCUUGACUUUUGA